GCAGGUCUCAUGCUGCUAGCUCCCAACGAGCGACAUUUUGAAGUCAUGUACAGCCAAGUUCGCGACAACAACCAUCCAUUAAGGCUGCUUCCCGCAAUCAUUCCUCUUAGGAGGCAUCUCUGGCACGUUUUCAAGGGGAAAACGCGUCAAAGAUGAUGACUUUCAAGAUGACUUUCAAGAAGAAGUCCUCUAAAUCCAGAACAUAUACCAGGCAAUGGUCCGGAGCAAGACUACCUGUCUCGAUUCUUUGCCGACCGUUGGAGUAGUAUCAGUCCGCUCUACAAUUGGCAGAUCCACCAAAUGUUCCACGAGUUGGCGCCUCACUACACAGCAGAAGGAAGACGGUGUCAAAUCAUGCGAACGAUUUUGGAGAAGUGUGGCAGCGAGCAGCGCGCUUCUAGUGCUAGCACUUCUGAACAGAACGACAAUUAUAAACAUCUUCGUUCUAGUACGACUCGCAGUAGCAAAAAUUCUUGUGUUGCUGAGACAGAGGAUAUGAAGGAGAAGGACAAAGAGAACGAUCCCGACGACACUUCUGAACAAAAGAGCGCUCUACUACUUGACGAUCUAAAACGACAGCAAGAGAUUCUCUCGAAUUUCUACGUGAUCCAUUAUUCGGGUGACAAGAAGCCAUGGGAUUUCAAAUCGAAGGAAUCUUACGCUACGAAUCAAGACAGGGUGGCCGAGAUCGACGCAUGCUUAUGCGAUUACGAUGGCUGGCUUUUGUGGGGAAAAUGUUGUCCCGAACGGUGGCAGAACUUGAUGGACCGAGAGCAUUGGAGCAUUGCAGGCUAUACCUACGACUUUCAGAAGAAAAUGGUGGUGCGAACAGGCGAAGGUUCUUCGGCUGUUUCGCAUGAUCAUGAGCUUGAGCAGAGGAUAUCGACGAGAUCGACACACGACGACGACUCCACCGAAGCCGAACCCGAAGAGGGAAGGGAAACAUCUACAUCAUCAACAGCAGGAGCCGCUAUCUCUAAGAGUAUGGUGGACAUGACGUAUGCAAUCCAUCAUGCAAGCCAUAUGCAGUGGAUUCGCGUCUAUGAGCAAUGUCAAGAAGCUGGACUGAUACCGAUUGUGCCGAACCUUGAGGGAUUAGGGUUAAAAAAUGCAAAUGGUGCAGAGGACACGAAGAUGUUGAGUGAACCCGUAGCAGAAAGUGGUGAACGAGGUGGAGGAGGAGAUGGUCUUGACAAAGACAAAGAAAAAUUCGACCAAAUGCACGGACGAGGCAACAAUACCACAACCCGUUCAUCCCCUUGUUCUAUUCGUCUAGAUUUUUUUCCCAUCUUAAACGCCGGCUUGCGUGGCCGUAUCAGUCAGACUCUGCGCGUGCGACACGGACGCCCCGCCUGGAUAUCACCGAUGGAGGGAGCUAGGAAAUCUGACUAUUGGCUGCAAGGUCCAAGUAAGGCGAGUUCGUAUACGUCGUCCCUCGUUUUUGAUCCUACUUUGACAGCCUCUACACAGGAUGGAAUCCGCUUUUUCAUUCCCGGAUCACCACAAAAGAUUCAUCUGAAGCCUCCUCCGCGAAAGAGGGGGAGCUGCGCUGAAGAUCCUGAUCCUGAAGAUGCUACUACUUAUACUAGUAGUGCCUUUUCGACGAACACGAACAGGUGGAGCCAGAUGAACAUGCUCUUCGUUGUCCUACAUCCAGGUUCCGGUGAAAGGACGACGCUACCAAGUGUUGCAGAAAAAACAGCACAAGAACUACAAGAUCGUGACCAUUCAGUUGCCAAGAAAAGAAGUGGAACUUCUGCCGACAAGGCCAACAUGAGCAUCUAUGAGCAAGAUUUUCUGGAUUACGAUAUCGAGGAAGGAUUUUGGCAGAAGCGAGGCCGCAAUUUCUCGAUGCAAAUGGGGAGAGUCUGGUGUUCUAACAAGUUGUGUAGUACGGUCUAUGCGUUUGCUGGUGCUCAGGGAGUACUGGAACUGAUGGAGGAACUAAAUGUUUUCGGCAACACUGCUGGAGAGGAUAUUAGCAACAUAGGCGAACACAGUAAAAAGAACACUACUGGAGAGGAUAUUAGCAACUUAGGCGAACAUGGUAUUAAAAGGACAGAUCUUCAUAGCAAUAGACGAGAACUAGAAGAACGUGCGGAAGGUUUGGUGGAAGGUAGCGCUGUGUAUGCAGGCUUCGUUGCUCGGGACGAAGACGAUCGGAAUCAAGCAUCGUCUGCUGAAACGGGAUGUGCCAAGUUGUCGGAUCGCGAUGCCUUCCUUCUAUUUGCAUCGCACAUCUGUGGUGGCUGCGACGAAACAUUGCGGUCUUUAUUCACUAGCACCUCUUCUAAAGGGGCCUCUCCACUGUCGCGAGACUUCUUCCACAACUGUCGUGUCCACGCAGGAGGUAUGUUAUCCCGCGAUGCGAAAGGAAAUAAACCAGCGGUGCGGGCAUACGGUGGCCAGUGCGACUAUGACUUCGCUGUAUUCAAAGAAAGUGUUUUUCUGAAGUAGUAUCAAACGCUAGCUCUUGGUCUUGCUCUUGAUGAGGCAAUAACGAUAUGGUGUUGAGGAGUUGGGUGAAGAACUUUUUCACGGAUUUCGAUUUUCUGAUGCAUAAGGAGACUUAGAAUUCGAUCCCAUUCAUCUUUUUUUUUCUUAUGAUAUCUUCACUGUAGUUCUGUAUCGAAAUCAAUGGGUAAUGGUCAUCGUUCCGGUCUUCUCGAUAUUUAAACUUUUCUACUCUGAGUACGAUUAGUUUAGAACAAAAAUUCUUACAUCAUCUCUUCUAUCGCUACUGUUUCCUCUUAUAUCAUCUUCUAUCCUGAUCAUGAUGAUGAUCUAUAUUUUUGUUCUGCUUCUGCAUCUGCAGUCGAACGGCACAAUAGAUUCGAAAAUACCAAUUCUUCAAUGUUUCUGUUUCGAUCAAGUCUAAAACCGUUUCUGCGGAAGACUAGCUGGUAGCUAGUGUAUCUCUCUGCUCAACAUCCUCGACUUCGUCGGAAAAAGAAGCUAGAGGUGGAUUUUUGACCACCACGGCUAUCAUAUCUUUGCUUUACAGACACCCAAAGAAAUCCCCUUUUUACCCUUCAUACUCCGAUGAACGCUUCGAUAUUGAGAUCUUCCCUUCUACCCCCUUAUAUAUAAUGAUUAUGUAAAGAUCUUCCCGAAUCUAUUAUGUAAAUUGUUCUAUAAUUUGUUUCACUUUCUUGAAAGAUAGAAGUGAUGAUAUCGACUCAUAUCAUCCGUCCCCCUGUCUCCAUUCUUGAUUGAGGACUUAUAAAAUAUCAUCUGAACGUUCGUGAUUCCUUCUUGCAACAUGUUCAUACUCAAAAAAUGUGAGACUUCAAAGCAUUUCCUUUGUGAAGGACGCAGACUGAGCCCACUUGACCACCUAGUGCAAAUCAUCAUGGUCUCCUAGAAAAGUCAACGACAGGACAUGAAGAUAAAC